CGAUUAGGCGGAUACGAGUCCCCGCCUUCUAUGAACUAGCGACGAUUUCAAGCGUAGCCUGUGUCAAAAUAGCACGCUCUCAGAACUAGGACAUUUCAUGUCCGACCUAACAUAAACCUUGCUAUUCUGUCGUUCAUUACGUGAUGGAGAAGCCAGAGUAACUAGAAUUUUUUGUUUGUUUUGUUUUUUUGGGGUGGCGAAAUGGUUUGCAUGGCAGAUGAGUUUUCCGGACUAUCCUAUUACCGCCUAGCUUUUGCUUUCAAGCCGACAUCGAAGGAUUUCAGCACCACACAUCCAAGUACAACCUGACACGGGCAGUGGAUGUCUCUAUGUUGUUUCAUUGCCGGCCCUACCUGACAAGAUGACGUUUUGGAGAUUAUUUAAACUGAGCGAGCUAUUUGCACAUGUGACACGCCCUUCUGAUAUUUGUGAAGAUGUGAAACCCGUCUAUAAUAAUAACAAAGAGGAACUGGGCUGGCCGGUCAGUAAAAUACUGCAGCCCAUGACGUUAAAAAAAGCUGUAGGUGCAGUUUGGUAAUGUGUAGCCAGUAGCUAAGAGUACAACAUUUUAGACGAGCAAUAGUUUUUGUCAAAAUAGCGCCUUAUCUUUGUUACAAGGCUUUGUUGGUCGAAUGUAUUCAACGUUCUCAAAGCCCGGAUUACACUGAAAGGGGCUGAAUAGACAGAGAUGUCCUCGGUGGAGACGACGGGCUUCGGGUCCCUGAGGGACUUGCCCACUGACAACUGGAUGUCCCAUCUGCCGCGCGCUCUAUGGGACGUUCCUCUUUGCAACUUGGCCAUACCAGGAAGCCACAACACUGUAACGUACUGCCUGGAUCGGAACGACAGGUCCCCAGUAGACCUGACACAGCCAGACAUGCUACGCAAGCUGGACAAGUACAUGAAGCCCCUCAUUCGCCCCUUUGUCUACAAGUGGGCGAUUACGCAGGGAUGCAGUGUAAAAGAGCAGCUGGAUGCAGGGGUGAGGUACUGUGACCUCAGGAUCGCUCACCGCCCCAACGACCACUCCAAUGACCUCUACUUCUACCACGGGGUGUACACAACCCUGACUGUGGAGACCGUUCUAAAGGAGAUUCGAGAGUGGCUGGAUUCUCACCCCAGGGAGGUGGUCAUCUUGUCCUUCAGCCACUUCCAGGGCCUAAACCAGGAGCUGCACCACCUGCUCAUAGAAACCAUAAAGAAUGUGUUCGUUACGAAGCUCUGUCCAAAAAAGGAGCCGACGCACCUGGGCCACCUGUGGCAGCUGGGUUACCAGGUGAUCGUCUCGUACGAUCACACCAUCCUGAACCGCCACGACGAGCUCUGGGCCCCCAUCCCGUACUGGUGGGCCAACAAGUGCAAGGCGGAGCUCCUGGUCGAGGAGCUGGAGUGCAGGAAGCGACGCGGUCGCCCAGGGGGGUUCUUUGUCGCUGGUAUCAACCUGACAGAAGAUCUCAAAUACAUCUGCUCUCACCCCACUGAGUCAUUGAAGGACCUGGUGAUGUCCACGUACCCUGACCUGCUGGAGUGGGUCAAGGCCCAGGCUCCAGGCUCCAGCCAAGGAUCUGUCAACAUCAUCGCAGGGGAUUUUGUAACGGAGAGUGAACUGGUGCCAGUAGUCAUUGCACUCAAUGAGAAUCUGCUGAAAUGGACACCGUGACCCUGAUUCGGACUGCACUUGUAGAACUUUGAACCACAUUUGGACUCUUUAUAUGUAGAUGGAGAGAACAGUCGCGUUUUGAUUUACAGCAUGAAAACCCAAAAUUUAACAUUGUAAUUCAGCAUCUUUUUUGGGCAGUAACUAGCUAGUGUGUUUAUACUUAAAUUAUAAUAGCAUUUUGAUUUUAAUUUAUGCAUUUUUUAGGUAUAAUGGGCCUAAUUUAUCAUGCGCUCAAAUUUAAUCGUAAAGUCUGGAUGUGCACUUUUUCACAGAAUAUUUAUGAUUGCUACUGACUCUGCAUACACACAUUUUAUUGUGAUGGGAAUGUGUCCUUGCAUUAGUUUUUAAUGGAAAUGUGUGCUUGCAUUAGUUUUUUUUUUUUUUAAACUAUUUUUCUCUUCAAUUAGGAAUGCCUAAUGUGAAUUUUGAGCUGGUCCCAUCUUUAUGUUAUGGAGGUCCCAAAAUACACGGGUGAGCACGUUAGUCCCCCCUGCAGCUAGAGGGCAGCAUUAGGAUCAGCUGAAGGCUCAGGAAUGCAGGCUGCAGGUUGCCUGACUGACCUGUGUUUUAUGCGCAGACUGUUUUAUGGGGGAAUUCCCUUUGAGAUGGCAACUUUCCCGUGGUGAUGGCGUUGAUGAUUGUUCGGAAACUUCCGGAGCCUUCAUCCACGGUUCAAACAGUUGAAAUGUGGGUCUGCUAGGGUCACACCUCUGCACUCCACACAAGUGCCUCUCCACUCUGCACCACUCAACAUUCAAGCACAAUAUCCGAUGGCUUUAUCAGCCUCUACAAUAACAUUGUAGAGUGGGCUAAAAUCGCACUUAGGAGAGUUAAUCAACACCUACUCAGUACUACCUAAUGCCAGUACCUUUUGGCUGAUGUGAAGAAGUUUUAAAAAGGAAGCCCAGAAGUCGUAAAAAUUUUUUAUUGUAACAUAAUUGGACGUUUUUAUUCCUCAUCGCCUCGUAUUAUGACUUUGGAUGACAGAACUGUUUGUAGUAGUUCCAUGAAUUCAUAUGCACAAUAUUUCACAAAAGUAACUUUUGUGAAAUAGCUGCUUCUCACCUCAGCCAAUCUGAAAUUACUAAUGGUUACAGGGGAAAACAUUGGGGGUGAUCAUUUUUGCCGCCCAGGGAUAUACCAAAAUACUGAGGCCUCCGUCUUCUCGGUAAUGCUGACUGCUUUCACCCAGAGCUGAGAUACGGUGUGCGUGUGCUUCAGUGCAGUGUGCAGGGAAAAUAUUUUGUGCUGUCGCCCACUAGCACUUGGCACUAUUGACAGGAGCAGUGUUUUGUUGUGAUGCCAUAGUUUGGGCACCCCUUUAAUUUUCUAACGGGUUAAAUACAGGUUUUUACUCGUACUGGUUACUUGUAAACAUGCAUCACAAUUUGUCUGAGUUACUGUAUUCCCAGUACUGCAUUCGGAAAGCUGGGAAGCACGUACAGACUGUCAUGCAGCUUGGGUCACGGAGUCCUAUUUUAUGAGUUUCAUGACUUCUUAUUUUCAUUUAGAGAUGAACUGUCAGGCACAAUUAAGUUAUUUGUAUAUUUACUAUGUUUGUGCAGCACAUAUACUUACGUAUAGUAUAAUAAUGUAUGAAAACAGACCUGUGCUUUUAGCACUUUCGAUGAAUGUGAUUACCUUGUGAAUAUUUAUGAUAAACAAACAGGGUUGUAUAUCUACACUGUAUAUCUAUGAUCACUUCAUAAUUAAGGCCCAGUAUGUGCAGUGGUUUUUAAAUGGCAUUUUAAACGUAUUUCAAAGUUAAUUGGCUGUGUUUUAACUAUAACAAGGGGGCUGGUGUACAGUUUACUGGCUGAAGAAUUUGAGCUCAUUUGAGGAAAACAAGGGUUUUUGGGAAAUUGUGUUAACUAGAUGGGUGAUUGAACAGGCACAAACCGUGGGGGAAGGAAUCCAGUCUUAUUCACAGUCACAGUGUAUUAGCACACUUUGCACAAAACAGUACAGCAGCGUACACAAUAGCACAAAGCUAGUUGCACUGAGCACAAAUGUGUCUUCCUGGAGAACCAAGAAAUAAUUAGGAUGAAGCAAGAUAAUACAUAUACCUGUAUAAACAAAGAAGCCUAAUACUCUUAAAGGACUCUUGUGUGGAUAUCUGUGCGGACAUUUGCACAGACCUUGUGCGGAUAUCUGCUUUGAAUUGGACGGAAAAUGAUGCUUAGUAUAAAAACCGCCAAAACCUUUUGGGAAAACAUGUUUGUAGCCUGUAUUUAGAUACACAAUUCCUUGAAUGUGUAAUGUCCAACAAUCAGACCCGAGUCUGCAUGGUUUUCCCAGUCAAUUCUGUGCAUCUUCCUCAAUGCAUGACCUAGUUAUUCGGGAAAAGUUGUUUACAAGUCUCCCAAGUAUGACUGAAUGUUUUGAAGUUUUGCAUUAAAGUUGGCAUUGAACACAUGA